GCGGCGUAAGCCCGUUUGAGGAAUGGCGUAGCGGGCGAGAAGGAGAGAAGGCCGCGGCGGGGAGGGAGUCGGUCGUCGGGAGCCCCUCACGAAGCGGCGGAGGGGCGGGGGAAAGAAGCCGGAGGAGGAGGAGGCGGCGCCUUUCCCGCCCAGCCAGCCAGCCGCCCUCCCGCCCGCCUGCUCGCGCGCCGCGGCGGUUUUUGGUACCGAGCGGAGAGGCGAGAGAUGCACACGGCACACUCGCGCUGAGAAACAGAAAUGAAGGUACACGUGCACACGCAAUUUUGCCUCAUUUGCUUGCUGACAUUUGUCUUUCACCAAUGCAACCACUGCCACGAAGACGGGCACAAACACCAUCACAACGACUAUCAGAUCUCGGAGUCCACGUACCUCCAGAACGGAAGGACAGAACCCACGCCAAAUAAAGAAGCUGAAGACGCACAGAAAUACUACAUUGAAAAACUCUUUGACCGCUACAGCGACAAUGGCAAAUUGUCAUUUUGGGGUCUGGAGAAGUUGCUGACAAGCCUCGGCCUCGGGGAAGUAAAAGUCGUGGAGAUCAACCACGAGGACGUUGGCCACGAUUACAUGUCUCAUUUAGACAUCCUAGAGGUGCAAGAGGGAAGGCACUCGCACACCCACAACCAUCCCAACUCUCACGGUCACUCAGGUUCAGAAAACCAGACUGUAAGUGACAGGUCUGCCAGAAGGUCCCAGAAGUGUGACCCCGAGAAAGAGGUCACCGAGUCGUCUUCAAAACCUGACGGCAAACAUGCCCAUGACCACAAUCUCAGACACCGUGGGCACCACCGUCACCACCCGCACCGCCAUCUUGGUCACAACGGCAGCCACCAUUCGCACAAUGAUUCCAUAAGGGCCAGUGACCAUGGGGAACCGAGUCACGAGCCCUCCACGGAAACCAACACUACUCAAGAACAGUCUGAAAAAAAACCAUGUGAGCCCAAGAAACCCAAAGGUAAGAAGAAGAGCGGCAAUGCGUUGAUAGACACGACGCAAGCCGUUGCUCCGGAUCGUGACUCCAAUGAACAGUCUGAACACAAUCACGUUCACAAGCAUGGUAACGCACACCAUGCGCCUGCCUCGCAUCCGCAGCUUCAGGACUGCGCGAAUGACCACGCGGCUACUCACGGGCAUCAGGAUCCCAAUCCCGCCAGUGGAGACGGACAUCACCAUGCAAGAAAGCGGGAAGCGCCCCAUAAGCAGAUCAGCGUGGAAAAGCAAGAUAUUUUUUCUGCGCGGGGUCACAAGGACCAUAAUGAAGAUGAACAUCAUCACGAAGAGUGUCUAAACAUCACUCAGCUGUUGAGGCAUUAUGGACUUCGCCCCAAUUCCCCCAUUUCCCCCAGCUUGUUUACAUACCUGUGUCCUGCGCUGCUGUACCAGAUCGACAGGAGGCUCUGCAUCAAACACGACGACGACCUGCUGAUCGAAGAGCUCAGCAAAGGGAGAAAUGCAUCGCUCGAGCGCAUGGAUAAAACAGGCGCAUCAGCCUGGAUUUGUGGCAUCAUUUCUAUCACGGUCAUUAGCCUCCUGUCCUUGCUGGGGGUGAUCUUGAUCCCCAUCAUCAACCAAGGGUGCUUCAAAUUCCUUCUCACCUUCCUGGUCGCUCUCGCGGUGGGAACCAUGAGCGGAGACGCCCUGCUUCAUCUGCUGCCCCAUUCCCAAGGUGUGCACAACCACACGCAUCACGAGGGCCCAGGGCAUUCGCACGAGCACCACCACUUCCACGGCCAUUCCCACGGGCAUGGAGGAGCGAGCCAAAGCUUCCUGGAAGAAUAUGACGCUGUCCUGAAGGGCCUGGUGGCCCUUGGAGGGAUUUACCUUCUCUUCAUCAUCGAGCACUGCUUAAGGAUGUUCAAGCACUACAACAAGCAAAGGACCAAACAGAAGUGGUGUAAGAAGAAGCAGAAGUCCGACGAGUCGCCAGUGGGGAGGAAACUCUCUGAUCACAAGCUGAACAGGCCUAACACUGACUGGCUUCAGUUGAAGCCUCUUGCAGGAGCAGACGACUCCGUUCUGUCCGACGAUCGACUGAACGAAACGGAGCUAACCGAACUGGACGGCCAGCUGGACUCCCUGCCAAAGACCUUCUUGUCCAUGGAAGAGGAAAACAGGAUGCUCCAUUCCCACAACGACGUCUCCCACGCCGCGAGAGAGAACAACAUUCCCGACGUGGAGUACACCGGCAACCACCGAGAGGACAAAAUUGUCGUGCGGAAGCACAACCACCUGUGGUCGCACAAACAUUCCCACCAUUCGCACGGCCACUGCCAUUCUGGCAAGGACUUGAAAGACACAGGCAUCGCGAAUAUCGCCUGGAUGGUCAUCAUGGGAGACGGCAUCCACAAUUUUAGCGAUGGCUUGGCCAUUGGAGCAGCGUUCAGUGCCGGCUUGACGGGAGGGAUUAGCACAUCCAUAGCAGUAUUCUGUCACGAGCUCCCCCACGAACUGGGGGACUUCGCCGUGCUCCUGAAAGCAGGCAUGACUGUGAAGCAGGCCAUUGUUUACAACCUCCUCUCGGCCAUGAUGGCCUACGUGGGAAUGUUGAUAGGAACAGCCGUGGGACAAUACGCCAACAACAUCACGCUCUGGAUCUUCGCCAUCACCGCCGGCAUGUUCCUCUACGUAGCCCUGGUGGAUAUGCUUCCAGAGAUGCUCCAUGGCGACGGCGACAAUGAAGAGCACGGUUACUGUCCAGUGGGGCAGUUCAUCCUCCAGAAUUUAGGGCUUCUCUUGGGGUUCGCCAUCAUGUUGGUGAUCGCUCUUUAUGAAGACAAAAUCGUGUUGGACAUCCAGUUUUGACCAUUCCCCGUGCUCAGCUGCGGUUGCCACACCAUUCACUUUGUACGGCUUUCAGGCUGCACUGUUGUACUGUAUCCACAUCGUUCCCAGGCAGACCAGUGGCUUGCGCCGCUUGCGAGUCCAAGUGUUCCGGUGUCUGCGCAAACAAGCUCCCGCUUUCUAGCUCAAACGGACAAACGGGAAAAGGGCCCGACUUGAAUGUG